ACCACACAGCCCUCAGCCCAGAGCCCAGGGCAAAGCUGAAGGGAGGCCAGGGACCUCACUGGGCUGGGCAGGUGCAGGCCACCCCCGUCCCAGUGCCCUCAGAGGCACCUAGACUCAUGUGGACCCGGCCGCAGACCCUUCUGGGCAGCUCUGUCCAGGCCGGCCCUGCCCUCUGACCUGGGGCCGCAGGGGCUGGCCACUGUGGGCUCGGUUCCCUGCCACCCCAAUUCAUCUGCACCCCAAGGAAAGAAAAUGAGGGGUUGCAGCGCCCCAGGACCCAAGAGCCCCCGAACACCAGGGCAGCACAUACUUCCAGUCCCAGGGCCACAGCAGAGCGGGGCCAGGCCCAGCCCAGUGACGCAGGGCAGACAGAAGGGCACCCUCCACAAUGGAGGGGCGCAGGAGCUGCCGUGGCCAGGACAAACCAACCUCAGGCUGACCUAGGCCGGUAAUGGGUUUAACGCAUCAGGUGCAAAAGAGAAACACCCCACAAACCAGGGAGAGGAGGGAAGCCGCCCACUCCAUGGAAGGAAGCUGAGGAGUGAACGCCAGGGAUGGGCAGGGCCGGUCCUCGGAGCACUGCAGACACCAGACCAAGGGCGACUGUCAUCACCACGAGAAGGCCCCGUCCAUGGCAGAAGCCAACCUCACCGCGCCAACUGCACCGGAGACGCCCACGAGGACAGCCGACCUCUGAGAACGCAGCUGAACCGUCACAGGUCGCCAUCAGCAAAGGCAAGGGUCCAGAUUAUGCAAACGGAGGCAAGGCUGCCAUGGACUCCAGAGCCUCAGACGCCAUCAACAAAAGCAAAGUGGACACAUCUGCAUCAAAUCCAUCACAAAGACGGCCUUCCAGACUCCGGGGGAAGUGAGAACACCCACCCAGGCCCCCACGGCGCACAGGCCCCCACAGCAACUGCGCCACCUCAGCAGCCUCAGCUCUGGUUCCUGCUCCGUGGCCCGGGGGCAGAGCUGACCUGGUCUUGCCAGGGGGGCAGGGGUCCCCGGCCCCAAGUGGUGCCACAGACAGCGGGGGGAGCAUGCAGGCAGAGUCAGGCACCCUACCAGGAAAGAAAGCUCCCACGGCAGGUCCCGGGGGCGAGUGGACCCGGGGUGGCUCCCAUCGGAAUCCUGCUACAUCUAAGAGGACACGGGUCCUUCCAGAAGCGUAACCAUGAACGGCCGUGGAAAACCUGGGUGGGCUGCGUUUCUACAUUUCCUUUGUUUUUUUUUUCGGACGGAGUCCCGCUCUGCCACCCAGACUGGAGUGCCUUUUCCCCUCAUCGUGUGGGAGCCGCCGGGCGACAUCCCGCCCCGGUUUCCCUCCACUCUAAGGCAGUCACCUCGGUUGCCAGCUCCUGCCUCUGUGAUGAUCCCCACGAGGGCUGCAGAGUGAAGGGCACAGCGGGGUUCGGCCUAACUCCCCGGGGAGCCCCAGGCGAGAGGGCUUGGUCCUGGGGAGCUGCCCAGGUCUUCUACAUCCCCUGGCCUCCAUCCAGUCCCGCACGACUCAGCUCCUGGCCCUGUGCACCGGGCGACGCCUGCUAGGCGCAUGACCCUCAGAGUCAGGCCUGUACUCACCUCAGCGUCUAUCAAGGGCCUUCAAGGAUCGGGUUUUUUAAAUCAUCGUCAAAUACAUCGUUACUAAAAAGAUACGUACACUUUGGGAGGCCGAGGUGGGCAGAUCACUUGAGGUCAGGAGUUUGAGACCAUCCUGGACAACAUGGUGUAACCCCGGUCUCUUCUAAAAAUACAAAAAUUAUCCAGG